AAUAAAAUCAAAAAGACAUCCCCCAUUCCCUUGUGGUCACCUCCUUCCAUUUCCGUAGAAGAAGCUGACAGGCGAUUCGAAUGCGAAGAGUCGAGGUUUGAAUCGCGAGAUCAUCUCCAGGAAACCAUGGUGGAAGAGUCCGAUCCCAUCUCCGGCGCCGGAUCGGCCGAGCACUGGCUCGCCCGGGCCCAACUUCUGGUCCCCACGGCCCUCCAAAAGGCCCGGACGGCGACCGGCUUCGCCGGGCGGUGGAAAGCCAUCAUCUCCAAGCUGGAGCGCAUCCCACCAUGCCUGUCCGACCUCGCCAGCCACCCUUGCUUCGCCAAGAACGCCCUCUGCCGCGAGCAGCUCCAGUCGGUCGCCGACACCCUCGCGGAGGCCAUCGAAUUGGCCGAUCGCUGCCUCUCCGGCGACCCUCCCGCCGGCAAGCUCCGCACACAGAGCGACCUCGACGCGCUCUCCGGCAAGCUUGAUCUCAACCUCCGCGACUGCGGCCUCCUUGUCAAGACCGGCGUCCUCGGUGAGGCCACCAUGCCUCCCGCCGCCGCGCGCAACGGCGAGCCGGAGGCCGUCCGCUGGAAUCUCCGCGAAUUGCUCGCUCGCCUCCAGAUUGGGCACGCCGAGGCGAAGCACCGGGCGCUGGAUGGCCUGAUGGAGGCGAUGAGCGACGACGAGAAGAGCGUCAUGGCGGUGCUCGGCCGGAGCAAUAUUUCCGCUCUUGUGCAGCUCCUCACUGCGACCUCCCCCAAGAUUCGAGAGAAGGCUGUCACUGUGAUCUGUUUGCUUGCCGAAUCGGGGAAUUGCGAGAAUUUGCUGGUUUCCGAAGGGGUGCUCCACCCAUUGAUAAGGCUGGUGGAAUCUGGAAGCUUGGUCGGCCGAGAGAAGGCGGUGAUAUCCCUCCAAAGACUGUCCAUGUCCGUCGACACUGCUCGGUCCAUUGCCGGACAUGGUGGAAUUCGCCCGCUUAUCGAGCUCUGUCAGAUUGGUGACUCCAUUUCUCAGACAGCGGCUGCCGGUACUUUGAAGAACCUUUCGACCGUGCCCGAAGUGAGGCAGGCUCUGGCUGAGGAGGGAAUUGUUAGAGUGAUGAUCAAUCUUCUUGACUGUGGGAUUGUGUUAGGCUCGAAGGAGUAUGCAGCUGAAUGCUUGCAGAAUCUGACAUCCAGUAAUGACAUUUUGAGGAGGUCCGUCGUGUCGGAAGGAGGGAUUCGGAGCCUCCUGGCCUACCUUGACGGGCCCUUGCCGCAGGAAUCUGCGGUGGGUGCGUUGAGGAAUCUGGUGGCCUCGGUCUCGACAGACAGUCUUGUUUCGCUCGGCCUCCUUCCUCGGUUGGUUCAUGUGCUGAAAGAUGGGUCUUUAGGAGCACAGCAGGCGGCGGCGGCUACAAUUUGUAAGAUUUCCAGCUCGAUGGACAUGAAGAGACUGAUUGGGGAAUUUGGUUGCAUUCCUUUGCUUGUGAAGAUGCUCGAGGGCACGACGAAUGGUGCGAGAGAGGUCUCUGCCCAGGCCAUUGCUAGCUUGAUAAGCUGCCCACAGAACAAUAGGGAGGUUAGGAAGGAUGAGAAGAGCGUGCCCAAUCUAGUUCAGUUGCUCGAUGCCAAUCCUCAGAAUACGGCAAAGAAGUAUGCAGUGUCUUGCCUUUUGUUACUCUCUUCGAGCAAGAAGUGCAAGAAGAUGAUGAUUUCGUAUGGGGCGAUCGGGUAUCUUAAGAAGCUCUCGGAGAUGGAUGUGGCUGGCGCAAAGAAGCUACUUGAACGAUUAGAACGAGGGAAAUUGAGGAGCUUGUUUAGCAGGAAAUAGAUCAAAAGCUCGUUCUCUCUGCAUAUUUUGCUUUUAAUCUUUUGAACCAUAUGUUUCACUGUCUCUCUGAAACAUAAAAGAAUGAAGGUUGAGGCUGCAAACUGAAGUCCAACUCUUGCUUUUCUGGCAUGGCAAUAUGUACAAUGCAACUUGAACUUAGUUAUUAUCAUGUAAAUGUUCCAGAAAGCUAUCUUGUGCUGUUCUUUUUUUU